GUACGACACCGAAAAUGUCGAAACCCGGAAAUGAAAUUUAUCCACUUUUACGAAAAAUUCGUCAAGAACGUGCAUUAGGAAAGAUAAACAAGCGAUUUGAAGAUGAAUUCUACGCUUUAGAUUUGUUAAAGAUACUCUAUGAUGAUACAAUAGAAAACAGCAUCAAAGUUGAGUUGCUUAUCAAUUUGGAAGAAUAUGGUUUAUUAGGCAUCACUGAAGAAAGUAUUGACCAGAUUGUUACAUCAUUGCUGGAUAUACAGCAUCAGUUAGUAGACAAGGGUGAAAAUUGGCCGGUAGUUUGUCAGAUCCUGGAAACUUGUACCAGUCUUAUUGUGCAACUAGAACAACAGGGGCUGUUACUGAGUUAUUGUGACGACUUUUGUGAGUUAGCACGACAGGAAAGGACAGAAGUUUUCCAAGACUAUGCCCUCCUUGCUGCUAAAGUUCUUUCAUCAACGGGAAGAUUAGAUCGUCUAAUCCCAUACUUUUUAAACAGUUUUUCAGGGGAGAAAAAUGUCACUUCAUCAGAGCAAGAUAUUCCGAUUAUAGCAUUACAUUAUGUUUCAUUACAGAGGAAUGUUCAGAAACAGAUGUCAUACGAGCCACAAGAUAUCCGCCAGAUUGUUGCGUACCUGGUAGAGAACAUUCCAGUCUAUACACGCUCCGGCACCUUCAGAAUUAUAGAAUACCUAAGUUCACUUGUAAAAUGUAAACCAGAAGUUUCACCAAUGAUAUUUAAGCCCCCCAUGCUACAUCAGAUGUCUACCAUGAGUUGUGUGAUCUUCCAUACUGUCCUUCAUCUACAACGCAAGUUUGAGGGCAAGAUUUUGAGCGAGCAAGAGGAAAAUGGUCUCAUCACAAGAUUAUGUUAUAUGACCGAUCAUCCAUCCCUGAACCUGCUUCAUCGUCUCUUAGCCUCGCAGUGGGCCCAAAUGUAUAACGUGCAUGGAGGCAAGACGGUAACGAUACAUCCCAGUAUUCGGCAGAAACAUCGAUUGAUCUUCUACCCGACAGUGUUUGAUACUAUUGACUGUCAGCUGAGAAAGUUAUAUAUGACUGCAGUAUGUGCGGACACUAGACAGGACCUAGACGGUGUGGAAACCUCUAUUUUACUAGGUAGUCUAGGAUGUUUGCACAAGAUGGUGUGGCAUACAGGGAGUGGUCUGGCCGCUAGAUCUCUGUUUAAAGCUCUAUACUUUAUAUAUACAUACCAUAAUAAUAAUUCCUUCUCCCAAGAUAUUCAAAGAUUUGUACGAGGAUUGAUAUCGGAGUUUGCACAUUUUAUUCCACACUCCAUAGACUUUGCGGACAGUAUUAGAACACUUGAUGUUGAUAGGCAGGUGUACGUGGAUACAUUGAUUUUAUUACACCAGCAAGUUGUCAUGGCAACAGAAGAACAGAUAUGCCGUAGCUUCCACUUUUAUCUAGAGAUAAUGAAGAAGGCUGGUGCGCAUAAAGAAAUAGAUCCAAAGCCCACGCUGAAGUUUCUAACUUACCUUGCCGAGAAUGCCGUGACUAUAGACGACAGCAGUUGGAAACUAGGUCACGGUAUACUCGACAUCUGCAGAAAUAUCAUAAUAUGUCAUGGUACACAGUUCUGUUUUCUUGAACUAGGUGACCUACUUUACUUUAUGAUGUCAUGUUAUUGUGAUACUGACGUACAAGAUAAAGCAAGAUUUUACUAUGCGUUAAUCACCGGAGCUACAGACACUAAGGUGCAGUCAGUAUUGAAAGCAAAUCUGAGUGAUGUUGAAUCAAUGACAGAAGCUAUUACCUCCCUUCUUCCAGGAACCAGUGAUAAGGUUUCCCUGGCUCAAAUAAUACCUCUAGAUGACCCAGUUUUUAGUUGGCAAAGGAUAUCUGUUGAAUCGUCAACAUGUACAUUGAAGUCUGAAGAUAUGUCAGGUGACACAAGUAAAGACCUUGAGGAUAUAUUGCUGGGGUAUGAGAAGAAGUUGAAGACACUUGAAGUUUGUCUUAACCUCAAAUGCCGUCUUAAACUGAGAGAACAGACGUUGUUUAAUACAGUUCAUGCUGUCAGCAUUCGUGUUGAGUCAUCUCCUACAUUUCAACCUAUACCAAAUAGACACAUAGCUUGUUUGACUGAUGCAGGACAUCAAGAUGUUGUUUUAAAAGUAGUUCCAAAAUUACCCUUGCCAUUAACUCUCGGCUGUAGUGUUGAAUUUUCCAGUGAUAGUAAAAAGACAUUCAGUACUGUUAUAGAUUCAAUAUAUGUAGAAUUUUCUCAUCAGAUGAUGAAACUGCCAUAUAAUUACUGUGAUAUACAAACAUUAAAGUUUACAACUUUAUGGGAAUGGGUCCUGAAUAGAAAAAUAGAUGAUGAGGUUGGUGUAGAAUCUGUGAAGUUAUUCAACAUCACUAUGGAGAGAUUUAAACAAGUUCAUGAAAAACAUCUGUUACCAUUUCUUUAUACAGGAGAGAAAGGGAAGGACUGGUGUUAUGCGAUCUUUCUGCCACCUCAAUAUCAUGUUCUGCUCAAUUGUCGAAGCACCUCCUCAGAUUGUGUUGUUGUAUCCAUGGCAACCGAUUUAUGGACUAUUUUAUCACAUGUGGAUACAUUUCUAAAUGAAAUCCUCAAAUAAUGUAACAGGAUCAAAAUAAUGUAACAAGAGUUUGAAACAGGGCGUGUCUUCCAUUGAAAUAUCUGUUGAUCGUCCGUAGUCAAACCUGAAUGUGAAGGCCAGUUGUGAUGAUAACAGUUGUGACCUUUUGUUAACAUCUCUAUAUUGACAAAAAGUUUUGUACCAUAGUUUUUGGAAUGAAGUAAUACAACUAUGGCCUUCAAUAAUAUACAAUGUACUUGUAGGUGAUAAUCUAAGUUUGACUGUACAAAUACAAAAAGUUACAUACAAAGAUUUGAUGGUUAUACAAAAGUGUUAGUUCAA